GAAUUUUGUCUUCAAUCUGUCAAAAGCUUAUCGUCCCCUUGUUCAACUGACUAGCAGGUGUGACUGUAGGUGCGUCAGUGCGUUUGAAUGCACACCCUUCAUAACUACACUCAUCACAACCAGCGCAACAAGUCUCCCAACGUGGACUCAGCACAAGAAACACUGUUGCAUCUCACAGUGGAGACAAAAUUCUCAGGAAUUCAGAGCCAAAGUGGACAAAGUGUCAGAACCAGAAUCUGAAAGAUGACCACUUCCAGCAGCCCUGUCUACUGCCCUCUCAUCCAGGCCAUGGUGAACGUAAGCAUGCCAUCCAACUCCUCGGCCAGGGUGGGGGCUUUGAGCCUGGUUACGGUGUGUCUCCACGGCCUGGUCUCCGCCUUCAGUAUCCUAGAGAACCUCCUCAUCCUGGGGGUGGUGGGCUUCCGCAUCCGCCGCACAGUCAUCAGUGUUUGGAUCCUCAACCUGGCUGCCUCGGACCUCCUUUCCACAGCCUCCCUCCCCUUCUUCACCAUCUUCCUGGCCCGUGGAGGCACUUGGACCCUGGGUACCACCUUCUGCAAGCUCCACUCCUCCGUCUUCUUCCUCAACAUGUUCGUCAGCGCCUUCCUGCUGGCAGCCAUCUCCCUCGACCGCUGUCUGGUGGUGCUGAAACCCGUCUGGAUCCAGAACCGGAGGAAUGUACGCCUGGUCGGAAGAGUGUGUGGGGUCAUCUGGGCCCUGGCAAUACUCUGUACACUACCGUACUAUCUGUUCCGGGAUACUAUUCGCCGACAUGACGGGCGGAUCAUGUGCUACUAUAACUACGCCCAGUACCUCAAUGUUAGGGAGUUUGACCUAAGAGAGCUGUGUGAGGCUCGCCAGGAUGCCCUGGCCUUCUCUAAGCUCCUCCUGGCCUUCAUACUUCCCCUGGUGGUCAUUGUGGGGAGCUACGUGUUUGUGAACAUUGGUAUCACGCGGCGUGGCCGCAGAAGGCGCUCUUUCCGCUUUGUGCGGCUAGUGGUAGCUGUGGUAGUGAGUUUUGUGGUCUGCUGGGCUCCGUACCACAUCUUCAGUGUACUGGAGGCUGUAGCCCAGUACCAACCCUCCCUCCGGGGCCUCGUGGCCCACGGUCUGCCCCCUGCCGCCAGUCUAUCCUUCCUCAACAGUGUGCUAAACCCCAUCCUCUAUGUGUUCAGCUGCCCGGAUUUGUGUGGUAAGAUCAGACAGUCUCUGGGAGCGGUGCUUGAGAGCGUGCUGGCGGAAGACCUAGGUGAGUUCUCACGGCAACGCAGCACCCAACACUCCUCUAUCGAUGCUUCAUAGCUGCUGCUGAGGGGGAUGAGGUCCCACAACAACGCCCCCUGCCUG